GUAGGUGUCGGUAAUGCACCUGUAAGUUGGUUUGCCAACCGGCAUUACAGUCUAAAGAAGACGAAGGCGAAGACGAAUAUAUUUGACCAUCACGGCGGCACCAGUUAAUCUGAGAAGUUGGACUUUGCCAAGUUUGGGUACGCCCUUCUCGUCUUUGAUCCUUCAGAAGAGAUGUCCUCUCAAGUCAGGCUGAGGCUGCUCCCGAGGGCCACGUGUCUAUAUGAUGAGCCCAUUCAGCUCAAAGUGGCCGGGCUGCGGUCGAAGCAGGUGGUCACCAUGAGAGCCACAUCCACUGAUGAGAGAGGAGUGGUGUUCAGGUCCUCAGCCACUUACAGGGCAGAUGGCAGCGGGGAGGUCGACCUGAACAGAGACCCCUCGCUCAGAGGGAGCUAUGUUGGAGUAGAACCCAUGGGCCUGCUGCAGUCACUGAAGGCAGACACCUUGCACAAAUAUUUCUACAAGAACAAAGCUUUAAGCCCUCACAUUGUGAAGUUUUCUGUGCACGAUGAGGAGAAGGACGGGAUACUGGCAGAAGAGACAAAUGAGAGGUUUCUGAUGGGAGAAGGAGUCAGCUGGGUCUCAGUCAAAGAGGGGAACAUUCGAGGAGCCUUGUUUACACCUCCAGGAGAAGGACCGUUCCCUGCUGUGCUGGAUCUAAAUACGUUCAUGUCUGAGAAAAGAGCCUGUCUUCUUGCCAACAAAGGCUUUGUGGUCCUCGCCAUAGCUGCGUUAAAUGACAGAUCUGGUCACAUCAAAGAAAUACAUCUGGAUCACUUUAAGGAAGCCGUGGAAUUUCUACAACAACAACCUAAGGUGGGCAGUAAAGGAGUCGGCAUAAUAUCGAGAUCAAAGGGAGCAGAUAUCGCGCUCUCACUUGCUGCUUUUGUGCCAGGUGUCAAGGCUGUGGUUUGGAUCAAUGGCAGCAGUGCCAAUGUGGGCAUUCCCCUCUAUUACAAGAAACGGCAGAUCCUCUCACCCUUAAUGCUUGACUUCAGCAAGGUGAUUCCCACUGAGUCAGGAGCAAACCUUAUCAAGCAUGCUCUUGAAAAUCCCUUGGCAGAAGGAAAAACGGGCACCCUGAUUCCCAUUGAACGAGCGAGUGCCCGUUUCCUCUUUGCAGCUGCAGAGGAUGACCUCAACUGGGAUAGCAAGGCCUACAUGGAAGAGAUGGUCGAGAGGCUGAAGCGUCAUGGGAAGGAGAACUUUGAGAGUGUGCUUUACCCGAAAGCUGGACACUUGCUGGAGCCACCUUAUGGACCCUUCUGCCCUUCUGCAUUGCAUGGGAUGCUUAACUUCUCAGUGGUGUGGGGCGGUGAACCCAAGGCUCAUGCAGCAGCUGAGUUCCACCUGUGGAAGAAGAUCCAGGAGUUCUUAACAACUCACCUGAGUUGCGGUGAUGUACAGGCCAAUUUAUAGAUUUAAACGGGAUGAUUAGAAAGCAAAGUAAAUCAUGACUGCAAAUUAACUGUAGGAAAACUUUUAAUAACACUUGUAAUAAGCAGAAUGUUUAAAUGUGUUAAUUUGCUGACAGUUUGAUUUGCAUCCAUUUUCCUUUGACCUUCACUGUCUUGUUUCUUUGUCUGUAUUUCAUGUUUCUCUUUUUAAUAAGUUCCUGUUUUAUUUUAUGUUAUUGAUUAACAGCACCUGCCAACUAAUUACAUUUUAAUUCCUAUGUAAGGGUGUAUUUAGUUUUCCAUGCCCUGUUUUUGCAUUUUGCCUUGGUUUUGGUUUAAUUAGUAAGUGUAAUAUACCCUAUAUUGCCGAAAGUAUUGACUUACCAAUUCAUAAUAUUGAAUUCAGGCGUUCCAAUCACUUCCAUGGCCACAGGUGUAUAACACCAAGCACCUAGGCAUGCAGACUGCUUCUACAAACAUUUGUGAAAGAAUGGGUCGCUCUUAGAGGCUCGGCGAAUCCCAGUGUGGCACCAUGAUAGGAUGCCACCUGUGCAAUUAGUCCAGUCAUGAAAUUUCCUCGCUACUAAAUAUUCCACAGUCAAAUGUUAGUGGCAUUAUCAUGAAGUGGAAGCAAUUGGGAACGACAGCAACUCGGCCACAAAGUGAAAGGCCACGUAAAAUGACUACUUUCUGUAGAGUCAAUCGCUACAGACCUCCAAACUUCAUGCGGUCUUCAGAUUAUUUGAACAGUGCGUACAGAGCAUCGUGCAAACUGGUUUCCAUGGCCAAGCAGCUGCAUCCAAGCCUUACAUCACCAAGCGCAAUGCAAAGUGUCAGAUACGGUGGUGCAAAGUGUGACACCUACAAGUUUAUGGUCACAAUUGUAAUUUGUUUGAAGAAUAUGUUGGUGAAAAAGGCAUUGUUUACUGAGGGAUUACACUGGUUUUAGCUGGGGUUAUGAAGAUGUAAUUGUGUGGCUUCGCCACAAGGGGGAAGUAAUACUGCAUGCUGCUGCAAGGCCUCCAUACCUCAGACCAGGAAGAGCCUGUAGAAUGAACUCAACUCCCGUCUCUACUUUCUCUGUAUAAAUCUGGUUAGCAAUGUGAGCCAUGUAAUUGCAACACACGCAUAGGAACACGCAUAGGAACAUAAGACCUUUUUUGUGUUAGUUUGAACUCAAAUUUCAGAUGAAGUGCAUUUUCACAGAUAGCCUCUGGAGCUUGAAAAAGGGCGACUGGACUUCCAUUUUGUUUCUUUAAGACGUGUCACCUCUCAUCCGAAAGGCUGCUUCAGUUCAGUUAGAGGUUCUCAAACCUGGAUGACUGAGAUCCUACACAAGUUCUAUCUUAUAUUUUAGAAAGUUUGACUUUCUUUUGCAUGCCACUGAACAGGAGUGGCCCUCCAAUCUCAUUGUACAUCCUGUAUAAUGACAAUGAAGGCAUUCUAUUCUAUCCUACACGGACAUUUUCACAGAUCGGAAAAAGCGUGAACUUUCCCACAAUUUGAAAUGGGAGUUGCCAUGCCUCAUACAUGUAGUGUAACUAGAUGGCGAGCCUUACUGUGUACAUUUGAUUUUAUUGCAAAUGUGGCUUCUAGACACACCUUAUCUUAAAGGUUGCCAGGGGUUUUGCAGUUAACUAAUUUGAUUUCUAUAUGAUUUACUGCUCUGUUUCCAUAUUAUACUGAGGUGAUUUGGGGAGAUGGGGAAAUAUAUUUUUGUUUUCUGAUGUAAUUUAUUGUUGUUCCAUGUGUUGAGUUAUUAAAAAAGAUUAACAAA